AUGUCAGAUUUAACCAUCGUAGAACAAAGUGUUCGUUCUGUGUUAAAAUACAAUCACGAUUUAACACUAUUACAAUGUACAUCCAGUUAUCCAACGCCAGACAACGAGGUCCAGUUGAAUGUAAUACGCACCUACCAACGGAUGUUUCCAAAUAUCAAAAUAGGGUUUUCAGGUCAUGACCAAGGAACACCUCUGACCCUUGCUGCUGUGGCAAUGGGAUGUGUAGUUAUUGAAAGACAUGUAACGUUAGAUAAAGAAAUGAAAGGUUCUGACCAUAUUGCUUCUUUAGAUAUGAGCGAAUUAGCAAUGCUCGUUCGAGAUAUUCGUCGCAUCGAUUCCGCAAUGGGAACCGGCAUAAAGCGCAUUCAACCGUCUGAACAAACGUUCAUGAAAAAACUUGGAAAACGUCUUGUGUUUAAGCACUCAUUUGAAAAAGGGUCUAAAAUUACGCCUAAAGAUGUCAUGGCUAAAGUGAGUUUUAAAACUGCUGACGAUGUACCUUUAACCGACACAGAAUGGGAAUUCCGUGAAUUACAAAGCGACGUGGUUCAAAAUGAAAAUGUGAAAAUAUUUCACUUUAGAAGUGUGUCUGAGUCAUCUGACAGCAGUGGGUAA